GGCUGCUGGUUUCGUCAUGAUGGGAAGCAUGUCUUAAUUUUAGUAGACAGAUCGAUUAGGGCUAUUCAGGAACCAUCAGCCCAGCCCAUCUAAAUCAAAGCACGAGAUUCCAUCCACGUCUGUCACCUGAAAAGGUUCUCCUCUCUCUAACAGAAACCCGACGUUGUUUGCAAAGGAGAAGGCAUUAACUAAUAGCUCCUUUUGCAAAAAAGAAAAAAAGGAAACACAAAAAUUCAUUUUCUAUUAUAGUAAAAAUGGCCGCUACUGCGAAACUGGGCUUGCUCACUCCUCUUCAUUCUAAUAACAUCAAGAAAGAAUUCCCUGUUUUUGAUUUCAGUUUGUUUUGUCCAGAGCUUAGACAUUCUCGGUUUUCUCACUUUAACACCGCGGUCAAGCGCGUAAGAUAUGCCCCCGUCGUUCCUGUGAUUAAUGCCCAAAGCUCCCCUGACUACAUUCCUGAUGCUAAAUUCUACAAAGUAGAAGCAAUUCUCAGGCCCUGGCGAGUCUCGCACGUUUCUUCGGCUUUGCUAAAAAUUGGUAUUCGAGGUGUUACUGUUUCUGAUGUUCGAGGUUUUGGUGCUCAAGGUGGUUCAACUGAGAGGCAGGGCGGCUCAGAAUUUUCUGAAGACAAGUUUGUUGCUAAAGUUAAGAUGGAGAUCGUGGUUAGCAAAGACCAGAUUGAGGAUGUUAUAGAAAAAAUCAUUGAGGAGGCAAGGACUGGAGAGAUUGGAGACGGCAAGAUUUUCUUGCUGCCUGUUUCAGAUGUAAUAAGAGUCCGCACUGGUGAGCGCGGCGAUAAGGCUGAGAGGAUGACAGGAGGGCGAUCUGACAUGAGUACUUCUGCUUGACUUCUUUGGCCAGCAGUAUAGCAUUUGAGACCAACUGUCCUUUGAGAAAGCCCCGCCCUUAUCAGCCAUUAUCCAGUAUAGCUUGAUAAUUUGAUAUUUUAUUUUCGUAACUAAGAAAGAAAGAUCUUUUCAUUAUCCUGUUGAUGAUAAUUGAAAAAGAAAGGAUCGCAGAUUUGUUCAAGUGCUUGCAAGAUAAAUAACAAGAAGAGGAGUAAUAAUGUUAACAACUACGUUGCUCUCUUAUUAUAACUAUUGAAUGAAUCGGCGGUCUAUUUGGUUAAAUGAAUUAAUCUGGCAGAAUGUUUGUUAAGGAUUACA